GAAAGAUUAGGCAGCCUACAAUUCAGCUUAAAAUACGAUCACCAACAAUCGGUUCUUACUCUGAGAAUCAUAAAAGCUGUUGAACUGGCUGCAAAGGAUUUCAGUGGGACAAGUGAUCCGUAUGUUAAGGUAAUGUUAUUGCCAGAUAAGAAGAACAAACUGACGACAAAUAUAAAGAGGAGAAAUUUGAAUCCGCGUUGGAAUGAAGUAUUCGCGUUUGAAGGCUACCCAUACAACAAGCUGAUGAGUCGUACGUUGUACAUGCAAGUCCUUGACUAUGAUAGGUUCAGUCGGGACGAUCCAAUAGGGGAGGUCUGCAUGCCUCUCAGUAACCUUGACCUUUCUAAAGAGCAGACCAUGUGGAUGACCUUACAACCUUGCAAAAGUCACAUGGGUAAACUAGGGGAGUUGUUGGUCACCCUAUGUUACCAGCCUACAGCGGAAACUGUGACGGUUGGGAUAGUCCAGGCCAGGAACCUCAUCGCUAAAGAUAUUAAUGGAUUGUCAGAUCCGUACGUGAAGAUCUGGCUGAUGAGAGAUGGCAAAAAAAUUGAAAAACGAAAAACCGUAAUUCAAGAGAAAUGUCUCAACCCGGUUUACAACGAGACCUUCAUGUUCUGCAUACCGUACGAAUAUAUCCGACAGACGACCCUGGCGAUAUCGGUAGUCGAUUACGAUCGAAUGGGCCGAAACGAACCAAUCGGUCAAGUAAUUUUAGGUAGUAAGAGUGGUCCAGUCGAGGUCAAACAUUGGAAUGAAAUGUUCCAAAAAAGCCGACAGCAGGUUUCGCAAUGGCAUAUUUUGAAAGAUUUUGGAUAG